AGCGGUGUAAAAUAGCACCGCUGGAACAUUUAGUACUCACGGUGGAAGAGGGCGGGCUUCCUCUCCGGCAGUGGCAGCGGCAGCGCGCGGCGCCCUUAAAGCGCUACGGGUGUACAUGUUGCACUUGCCGGCAAAAAUUUGUAUAAAGUUCCUUGCGGAUUAUUCAGUCAAGCGCAUGAGACAGACUGGAGACAUAUUGGGAAAUAUUGGUAUGUCUUGAGGAGAUGGCAAAAUUUGAGGGUGUGUGUCCAACUGCACAGUCUCCUAUUGCCCUCUUUGCCUCGCAGGGAUUAGACAUCACACCAAACAAAGACCAGGGAGUGUGCAAGAUUGUGAAGCGGCAUGGUACAGAGGGAGAGAAGCCUAUGAUUGGGGACAAGGUGCAUGUCCACUACACUGGAAAAUUGCUUAAUGGGAAGAAGUUUGACUCCAGUCAUGACCAUAAGGAACCUUUUGUCUUCAACGUUGGCAAAGGUCAGGUGAUCAAAGCAUGGGAUAUUGGUGUGCGCUCCAUGCAGAAAGGAGAAGUGUGCCUGCUGAUGUGUAAGCCAGAAUAUGCCUAUGGCUCUGUUGGUAGCCCCCCAAAGAUCCCUCCGAACUCUACACUAUUAUUUGAGGUGGAGCUGUUGAGCUUUAGAGGUGAGGAGCUUGCAGAGGAUGGCGGAAUCAUAAGAAGAAUAAAAGUCAAAGGUGAAGGCUACAACAAUCCCAAUGAUGGAGCCACAGUUCAUGUGCACUUGGAGGGAAAAUGUUGUGGCCGUUUGUUCGAUUCACGGGAUGUCACAUUCGUGGUGGGAGAAUCUGAAGACAUGGGUAUUCCUCUGGGUGUGGAUCGGGCCAUGGAGAAGAUGCAGAAAGGGGAAUGCUGUCUGUUAUACUUAAAACCCAAAUAUGGCUAUGGUAAAGAAGGAAAACCAGAAUUGGAAAUUGGACCAAACGCAGAACUUUUCUAUGAAGUGACGCUCAAAGAUUUUCAAAAGGCCAAAGAAUCCUGGGAAAUGGACUUGAGUGAGAAACUAGAGCAAGCAGUUUUAGUCAAACAGAAAGGAACCCAGUACUUCAAGGCUGGGCGAUACUACCAGGCUGUCAUUCAUUAUCAGCGAAUUGUAACAUGGCUUGAAAUGGAGUAUGGAGCUGGAAGGGAGCAACAGCAGGCCAUUCAGGCCUUCCUGCUUGUGGCCAAUUUAAACUUGGCUCUGUGUUACCUACGCUUGCGUGAAUACUCUCAAGCUGUGGAAAGCUGCAACAAGGUAGUAGAGCUGGACUCUAGGAAUGAGAAGGCGCUGUAUCGGCGUGGAGAGGCUCGCCUGUUGAAGAAUGAAUUCAGUCUGGCCCUUGCGGACUUCCGUCAAGUUCUGCAUGUCAAUCCGAGCAACCGUGCAGCCCGUUGCCGGAUUGCUGUGUGCCAACGCAAGAUACGUGAACACCAUGAGCGUGAUAAAAAGAUCUAUGCCAAUAUGUUCCAGAGGUUUGCUGAACAUGAUGCCAAGGUAAGCCUAUUAAAAAGGACUAAAGAAGAUUGUGGCAUGCUAGAUCAAAACUGCAAGCCUGGAAAAAGACCACGGAGGAGUCAGGACGGCCCCUAAUGGGUCCACAGCCCAUCCCACGAUACCUUCAAAUGCUAUGCAUUUGCAGGCUGGUUCUGACCUUAUGUAACUUGUGCAGAGUGCAGUACUGACACUCAUGGACAGCCCCUUUUCACGCAUCGUGGCAUGACUGCUAUCUCUCAGAACCCAAAAGACAAAGGCUUAGACAAGACUAGGUAUGAGAGCAAGGGUCACUGAGGAAGAUAUAAACUUGCAUUAAAAUGGCAUUCCAACAGACAAAAUACACACAUGACCACUGGUAUUCAACAUCUAACCUCCAUCACAUACAGUGAGACCCAAAAGUCUAAGAUCACACUGAAACACUGGGAUUUGUUUAAUAUCAAAUUCCAGAUUCCAUACUAUUUCUAUGUUCAUAUCUAAAUGAAAGCAAAUUUGUGAUGCUGAACAUGAACAUAACUUCUUUUCCUCAUCCUCAAUCUCUUCUUUGAAGCAUGUUCACAUGACACUGGUGAAUUUGAUCUAAAAUGGAUCAUAAGAUUGUGCACAAACUUGUAGUGUCCAGGCCAGCUUGAGAGAACGCUGUCAUUAAAGCAAAAUAGUGUCAUACAAAAUACUAAGAAACUAUGAAUUUCAUGUACUGUACAUAUUUAAAAGAUUUUACUUUUAACUCAAGCCGUUAUCAGUAAUAUCAUUUGAAAUGGAAAGAAUGCAAAAUAAAACCAUUUUCAUUAGUGCUCUCAGACUUUUGGACCCCACUGCAUAUCUGAGCCUUGCAAGGCAUUUGUAUAAUGUAAAGAUGUGAUGAUAAGAAUAAAAGUUGGUACUGUAUAACAUGUUUUCAAUAAUUUGGUAAAAUGUUUAGUGGCUUGGAAUGAUUUCAAUAUUAGUCUUGAAAUAGACAUUGUGGGGAGGUUUGUCAGCAUGUUUGUGUUUAGACAAAUAACUACAUUGGAUAGCUGGACUCCAAAAUACUGUACUGCCUGUCUAGCCAGCUUUAUUUUUCCUAAUCUGUUGACACAAAAUGCAUCCUUCCCUAUGGGAACAUGGACUAGUGACUAUCUGGCCAUCUUAAAAGGCCCUUUUUUUUUUGCACACUCCCUGUUGGAUGAAUAAAAUGUCAGAAAGUC